AUGGUUUUCGAAAUUGGCGUCAGCGCUGUAGGGUUACCACAGCUUGCCGUCUCUGCGAAGAUAUUGUGCCUCCUGAUGGUGGUGGUCUGCGGUGCGGUGCCAUCGAUGGUAGUCCGGUCGGUUCGCCUCUACAGCCAGUGCUCCCAUAUGUACGUCAACGUGUUUCCAAACGGUACCGUCAUGGCUCGCUCCGAUGGAAACGACCAGCCGAAUCUCACCAUGAGUAUCAGCGGCAUCAACUUAGAGCUGCUAAUCCACUCUCCUAUGCAGGACAUGUACCUCUGCUUCAACCGGUCCCGACUAGUGGGCAGACGAUUGACUUACUUCCAAGCGGAGAGACAACCCAACUGCCUAUUCAAAGAGGAGUUUGUGGACGGCUACAACAGAUACCACCUGGUGAAGAACGAAGACCGCUACAUAGGGUUCAACCGGAGGGGCCUGCAGCUGCGGCGCGGGAAGAGCCGGCUCACGGAGCGCCUGCACAAGUGUUUCUCUUUCAUGAUCGAGGCCCAAGACUUCGACGUCGACAGGCACAACCUAGAGCGCGCCGGCAACAUGCUCAGGUCCCGCCCGGUGCGUCCGCAGCGUAGGCACCGGCCGUCGGCGCCGUGCCACGGCACGCGUCACCACCACGGCCGGCCUCAGAGGCGGAGGAACUGCGACGGCACGUAGGCCGCGCGCACCCUCAACACAUUAGCAGCAUUUACGCUUCAACGCUUCGCGCGUUCCGUUGCCAGCUGUCGAUGGACAUUGUGAGUGGACAGAGUAUUAGUCAACUAUCGCAGUAUUAUUACAGUGACGUGAACUGGAUAGCGUUAGGUUAGCUCGGCCGCGGUGGCCGCGGCGUUUCAAACGCCGCAUGAAUGGUAGCUGAAGCGAGAGAGUAAACAUUUGAAUGGGAAAAAAACGCCGAGCCGGGACGACGUCCGGAGCUGUGAAAUUCCUUAAGCUCGUGUAACAUUGUGGCGCUCGUUUGCUCUUGUGCCAGCGGUCGGACUCGUGCUCUAAAAGGAAAAAAGGUUUUUCUGUGGAAAGAGCAAAUAGUAGUCUCGGCAGUCACGAGUGUUGCGCCGGACCACCGCUGCAUCGACCGUCGCGUGGGGAACAACUUGGACGACGCGUUGGAAGUCUGGGUAGCCCUCGAUUGUACCGGCUGGCUCGCCAUCAGUGUAGCAAAAACGCCUUUACGUCAAUUCUCAGUGUGUUAUUAUUUAAAAUGCUUUAUUAUUAAGUACGGAUCGUGUUAUCUGCUUGUAAAUAUAAUAAAAAUAAUUGUGUUUACUUAUUUAUCAAACAAAUGUUAAUCAGAAAUUUGUAAACGUAGGUAUUAGAUGUAAAGUUGUAUUAAAAUGUUUUGUAUUUAAUUAUGGGUAUUUAAUCUAUCCGACCAACCGCUCUCUUGUGAUUAGCCACAGUUGCUAUGACCUAGUUUUCUUUACUAACUCCAUGUACUGAAACUUUUCCUUACUAAUGUUCAUUUGAAUAUAUUUUCCGGUCGAUUUGUGAAUUUGAUUGUAUGGUUUCGAGCGCUUUGUAUAUAUUAUUUUAAGAGUUUGUAUGAGAGUGAUAGGUACUUGAAUCUCUUUUGUCGAAGUCAUCCCGAUUUCUGGCGAUUCUUAGGAUGUUUUUUCUAUGAUAAAGUUGCCAGUUUCAUUAACAUUAUAAGUUGGAAUAUGGUAGAAGUCAGUAUCGAGUGUUCUGCUGUUAUCCAUAUGUUUGUCACCGUCAAUACAUAUAAAGGACAUUUAUAAUCUUAAUAUUUUAAUAAGAUCUGUGCCAUAGUGUCGUGGCAGUGUAUCUAUGUGUUCGCAUUAUAACUAGUGUGUUAAUUUCGUCUGUAAACUUGGAGUAGAUAAAAAUAUUAAACUUAAGAAAAUAUAACAGAAUUUAUUUAACUUUGCAAUCAUAUUCAGGAGGAAAAUCAUAGAAUAUUACGUAAUUUUCUUAUAA